AUGAAUGCUACACGGCCAGCACGAUGCCUUUUAUGCAGCUUCUCCCGUGCUGCCACGCCGGCCACGCGAGUCCCCCGUCGCCAAUUCCAUCCUACACCUGCGUCUCUCUCGAACCGGAAACCAAAAUUCCCCAGUAUUAAGGCUCCUCAGGACCAAACCUUCAAGCAGUACACAGAAGCUCAGAAGGCCGAGCUCGCCAAGCACUACACCGAAGCACAGAUGGCUGCUAUCGAGGCAGGCGAAGCUGCCAUCGACCCCAAGGAUCUGGCAGAGGGGUUCCACAAACGUCUUGACCCGAUGCAGUUCCGGUACAUCGAUGAUUUUUCAGUGAUCGAGCCCGGCAUCGACCACCACCAGCGCGCCCCGGUGUCGAACACAGACUACGACUUCAAGCUGAAGGAUGAAGACGAUUUUGUACAGGACUUCGGUCGCUUCAUCGCCGACAUGCCCGAAGGAGCAGCAGGUUCCGACUUUGUACGGUUUGCAGACAACCUGCGCGUCACUCACGGCAAGGAGGAAAACGAGCUGAACCCCAACAGCUCACUGGUUCCAGACUUCUUCGGUCCUGGUGAGACUAUCGACGAGCCCACUGUCGCGAAUCGGAAGACAGCCGCCGAGAAAGGCGAGAAGGAGCGCUCGGCGGAAGCGGAGGAGAUGACAGAUGCCCUCAAGAGCCUUCUCUUGGCUACGGGCUACACAGAGCGACAAGUCAAGGAACUUCGCACCAAGACCCUCGUCUCUCACAGCGUCACCAACCAGACCCGACUAGGAAAGGUCCGCCGCCAAUACCGUCUCUCCAUUGCCGGUAACGCAAAUGGUCUGCUCGGUAUCGGUGAAGCCAAGUCCGAGGAAGCGUCUGACGCAAGGACCCAAUCGCAGUACCGUGCCAUCCGUAACAUGCAGCCCAUUCCUCGUUAUGAGAACAGGACCAUCUAUGGUGAUGUUAACGGCAAGGUCGGAGCCACUUCGGUGAAGCUGAUGCACCGUCCACCAGGCUUCGGUCUCCGUGUCCAGCAUCUCAUCUAUGAGAUGUGCCGUGCUAGCGGUAUUCACGACCUGUCGGCCCGCACUGGCCGUUCAAGGAACCCAAUGAACACGGUCAAGGCCGCCUACCAGGCCCUCAUGAGCCAGCGUAACCCCGAGCAGGUCGCUCACGCACUCGGCAGAAAGAUUGUCGAUGUGCGCAAGGUGUACUACGCGGGUAAGGUCUAA